CUUGCCAUCACUAUUUCUUAAAAAUAAAAACCAAAUUUGUUUGUUAUGUUUUUUCUUUUCUGAAUUCAUUAACUCGGACAAUUUCUUUGACUAGAUCUGGUGGAGAAAGAUGGCAGGAAAAGGUGGAAAGGGGCUUUUGGCGGCGAAAACAACAGCGGCUAAUAAGGACAAGGACAAAGAUAAGGACAAGAAGCGUCCGGUUUCUCGGUCAUCUCGCGCCGGAAUUCAGUUCCCGGUGGGUCGUGUCCACCGUCACCUCAAGACUAGGACAUCUGCAAAUGGAAGAGUUGGUGCCACAGCUGCCGUUUACUUGGCCUCCAUCCUGGAGUACCUAACUGCGGAGGUUCUAGAGUUGGCUGGAAAUGCGAGCAAGGAUCUGAAAGUAAAGAGAAUCACUCCAAGACAUCUGCAGCUUGCCAUUAGGGGUGAUGAAGAGCUGGACACCCUUAUCAAGGGUACCAUUGCUGGAGGUGGUGUCAUCCCACACAUCCACAAGUCCCUAAUCAACAAAACUACCAAGGAUUAGGUAUUUCUGAUUGUAACUAGAUGGUAUGACUUUUGAGUACUCUUUUUUAAUCUAUUAUCUGUUUAAUGACUGCGUUUUAUUGUAGGAUUCAUUUAAUGUGUUUAGGACA